CAGUUGCUUACUCUUUGAAGACCGGAAGGCUUUUGUUAUCUGCUUUGGCAUGAAUGCUUGGCAGCGACGAAUUAUAUUUUUAGAAAGUUUUAAUAUUUUUUUUCUAAUGCCGGCGAAUACAUACAAGAGUGCUGUAGAACAAUAAUGCGUAUCAUAGAGCACAUUCUAUACCGUUCUCGUGUACGUGCAUUACAGGGAAAGGAGGCGUACUGUGGUCAAGAAGCGGAGUCAAUGGUUUUCUAAUCAUCACUCCGUUAUAAAUUUAUGUCGUAGUAACAAACAUACGUAAAAGCUAGAGAACUCUAUAAGAAAAUUCUUCAGUCAUCGUGAAGCAUGUCUUGCGAGUGCGACCACACCGUCUGCUGCGGAUUGCUGUCGGCCUCCGACUCGGCGACUGCGUCGCUGCGGGAGAUUUACCGGCGUCCCCCGAGGCGCCGCUACCCACGUCAUAUCAGCCGUCGACGCCUGCUGCAUCAGCACAUGUCCUGCCCCAACACUUUCGCCAGAAGUGAUGAGCUGUCGACAACGUCGGCGGACGAGCUGAGCGCUUGGGCUUCGCGACGCACGCGUUCCGACUUGCCGCCGAUGGGCGCGGGGCGCCGCUACAAGACAGACAGGUCGAAGUUCAGUAUGCGACCGCCCCGCAUCUACCCGCUGCCUGCCAGCCGCCGUGGAUCCUCGCGACAUCGCAGAACGACAACGAUUGUGCAUCAUCCGUGUUGCCUGUUUGACCCGAAGCUGUGCCCGGUCAUGAAAGGAAGUCAACACCGACAGAGACUGAGGCCGGAGGAUAUCGAUAGUGAUACACUGAGAACAACGGAGGAGCUGAGGUCCCAUAUUGAAUCCUUCCUGUAUCAACAUCAGCGACGACAGCCACAAAAGGCUCCUUGCCAACCAGAAGCCGCGGCACAGUUUCCAGCGAAAGUGCCUCAGCAUCAGAGCAAACCGAUGAAGUCAGCGCAGCAGGGCGAUCCCCACGAGAAGAAAUGCGAGAUAUGUGGAAACCCGCAGCAUUUCACGGAAUCCACAGCCCAGUUCCCACACCGUUAUCGGAGACAACCAUCACCGCCGGCUGCGGCUCAGCCAUACGAUCCUGCUGAGAUGCUCGCACGAGACGUUUCGAGCGAAACGGCGGGUCGGCUGGUGGACGAGCUCAGCCGCCGCAGUGCCGGGCCGAGGACAGCACACACACCGCAGCGUGUCACCAUCGGAGAUCAAACUGGGCAGCAAAGAAAUCCCACUUCAGGUGCUAAAGCAAGCCUUUUCCCAGCUUCACCUACUUCUACUGGACCUCGAAAAGGUGAAGCAAGCCUGAUGACUAACAUCAAAACGAAGGACAUCGCUCUCAGUCCACCGUUAGGAGACAUACACCGGGGCCUACAAAAUAUGCCACGUCCACGGAGCGCAGCCAACAGUCCUUUUCUGGAAGAAUAUUUUUCGCGGCGUCCAUCACUUGUAUUAGAAAGAGGCAAUGAAAUGCACCCGCAAGCGGCAGUUAAAACUGGACCACCUAUUACACAGGUCGAUGCGGCUGUUAAAACUGGACCACCUAUUACACAGCUCGACGUUGAGGCCUCAUACACUAUGCAUAGCCUUGCUAGCGCCCGGGCAGCCGCCACAAAGAAUCCAGAAAGUGCAAAUCGGAGACGCUAUACCCCCAGUGGUGCUUAUUCUUACGAGGAAGAAAUUGUAAGCCAGCCAGAAAAUGUGACCAUCAACUUUCAGCAAGCAACACGCCGCGCUGCAAGUGACGGUGCGAAGCCUUCCGACAGCGUGUUUUUUUCUCCAUCUUCUGGCAAAGGUAUAUUCACUUUUGGAAGUCACGACGCAGACGAUUCGAGAAACCACGUCGGACACGGCGAUACAGAGUUCAGGGUUAUGCCGCAAUCAGAGCCAGACAGUGCCAGAUUCACAGCGGGUACUUACGAAACUGAUGCAUCUGGGCUACAGCAAACAGGGAACCUCACAGUGGCAGCGGGAUCUUCUAGCAGUAAUGGAGACUUUCAGUCAGGUAACCAAACGCCCGCUGGCAGUGGAGGUAGCUUACGUCACAUGGAUGGUGUGGAAAAAGCGUUGAAAAGUUGGCAGGCUAGCGGAAGUGAUGCGGCCCAAGUCAACGGGCUACAAACUCGGACAGAUAAGCUCUCAUCUCCUGUAGCGAGCGUUUGUCGAGCGCCAGCUGCAGGCGAGCUGAACCACCUCCCUGGUUUCCAGCGAGCGAGUCCUCUAGCAUCUACCUCAUCUCGUAAGUCGGUUAUAUCUCCCACUCCACACUGGGGUGAAGGCAACCAUCAAGAAGCAGAUGUCAGAAAGUCAGGAAACACUUGUAACAACAAUGUAAAGGUGACUGGAAGCGACGACAGUGCCGUUUACUCAAGACAUAGCUACGUGGAGAGUCUCAGUAAGCCUGAGGGGACUGAUGACACUUCCUUCUGCAGCGACGAUUGCGGAGACUAUACGUACCGCAGCAACGUCCAGCAAGCUGAGAAGCCACAGGAGACGGCGAGGAAUGCUUCACGGGGCGGCACACCUCGCUCCGACAGCGGCUACAAAGCGACGCUGAAUGCAGAACAAAAAACUGUAGCCAGAUCGCGCGCGACGAGUCGUAGUGGUAGUAUAGCUGCUUCCACGAAAACUGCGCGACGACGAGCCAAAGAUGGAGGCGGGGGUGACGGCAAAGUGUGUGCAUCACAGAGCGACGACGCGCAGAGCGUGGUCGCAAUAGCUACUAGCCAUUUGUCGGUAAGCGAACAAGUGGAAGCCUCGCGAAAUAAGAUCAUCGAGUGUAUCGAUAAAGCGCUCGCCCUUAUCGUAAAUUCUUCACCUUCGGACUUCAAUAACAUUGGCUGCCAACCAAAUCUACAAUCAACAGGUCAGCUGAUGGCAAGAAGCAAGUCAACAAGGACGGAAAACGGCGACAGCAGCGACAUGGAGAAGCAGAGAGAAUGCUCUACUCUUGAGCUCUCAUCCGAGCUGUGGGGCCACGUGGAUACAACCGUCAGGGAUUCGUUGAGCAGCCUUCCACAGCUGCGCGCCUCCAAAGGGGCGGCCAUUUCUCCCGCUGAGGACCGUAAUAACAGAAAGCUGUUGUUAAAGUUGCAGCGGGACCUCACAAAGAAUAUCUUAACCAAUCUCGAACGCCUAGAGGACAUAGAAAGUUUGCUGCAUCCUAGCAUGGCGAAGGACCAAGUGAUCCACCAAGCAAAUGAGGGACCACCAAGCAAAUGAGAGACACUAUUCUCAGACCAAAGAUUGAAGAAUACAUGUCACUGCGUGACUUUUUCGUAAAGCCCAGACACAGUUAUUGUUUUACAGUGUCGUUAGGAUGUCACAUGCCUCAGUUAAACACAAUGAACUACUUUCAUUGAGGCAUUUAUAACUAGUUAUACAUAGCGUGCCUCUCGUAUUAAUAAGUGUACGUGGAAUGGUGUAUUUACGUCAAUCUGCAGGCGUCGUGAUACAUGUAAAAAUGUGGCAGGAGUAAAUCUGGUGUAAUAGUGUA